AUGCUUCAGUCUCGAUUGCGCCCUCUUCCCCGCCGUCCCGUCAUCCCUGUAGCAGAUUCCCAAAACGCUGAAUCCUUUUCCGAUGAGGAGGCACCAGAAGACCAUUUCGAGACUUUCCUCGCUCACCUCUUCCCUGAUGACGUCUCCUCGUUUCACGGUGUUCCCGGUGAGCACUUACUUUACUCGUCGCCGCGCUAUGGGGAUCUAGAUAUUAUGGUCCCUUCCUACCCGGAGAAAACUGAGGGGUCCAAUACACUAGACGAGGAUAGACAGCUCCAGGCUCAUUUCUUGUGGAGUGCGGGGAUGAUAAUUGCUGAGAGUGUGGAGUCUGCGGAUGUACCUCAAUCAGCACUUGCAGAUACGGAAACUGACUCCGAGGAUUCGAGUUUGAGAGAGAUCUGGAGUGCACGCGGAGAAAGUGUAUUGGAAUUUGGUGCCGGCGCUGCUCUCCCAUCCCUAAUCUGCGCUCUCGCAAAUGCAUCAUCCAUCACCGUAACAGAUCAUCCUUCCUCGCCAUCCCUGUUAGGCGCUGUCAACUUCAACCUAACUCACAACCUACGAUCUCGCAAGUGGGAGUCGGUUGGACCUGAAAUAUCUAUCCAUCCGCACCAAUGGGGUAUCCUAUCCGAUCCCUUCGCCAUAGAAAAUAAAGCGCGCUUCACUCGCAUCAUUGCCGCGGAUUGUUACUGGAUGCCCUUGCAACAUGAGAACCUCUGUGAAUCACUACAAUGGUUCCUAGCGCCGGGUGGAAAAGUCUGGAUGACGGCUGGUUUUCAUACGGGACGUCCGAUUGUGGCGAAAUUUUUUGAGACGGCGAAGAAGUAUGGAUUGGCUGUUCAGUGUAUCUGGGAGAGGGAUUUGAUUGGGGCGGACGGUACUGGUGAGGUUAGACGAGACUGGGUUCCUGUUAGGGAGGAUGAGGGUCCUGAGAAUCGGAAACGGUGGUGUGUUGUUGCUGUUUUGAAGAGGGAGAAUGAGUAA